CCUGCCUUCAUUUCCUUAUGUAUGCCCUUAUUUUUGCACUGAUAAUCUGUGAGCUAUGAGAAAGAUUCAACCUCGUAGUUAUAGUGUGGAUGAGCAGUUCACCAUUAAAGGCAAGAGAAGCAGGUGUAAAGACAUCAGCUUAUUCUAUUCAAUGUUCUGCAAACCUAUGAAAUCAUUGCUCACUUAACUCAGAACUUAACUCAGAACUGAUCAUGGGAGCUUCAGAGAGCAAGGAGAAGAUGUAUUGCACCAGAUACCUGAACGGAAAAGGUCCUCCGCCGCUGACUGAGACAGAUGAUCCAGAAUCAAACAACCCCAAAAAGAACUCACUGAUAAAACAAGGAAACCAGCCAGAUGGAGGGCAGAUGAAUUGGAAAAUCGAAAGACGGAGUUUGCCGGGACAUUCUGACUGUGACACAAUUCAAAUCCUCUUUCAAUUUGAUGAUGGAAUCCAGUCGGACAAGCAUCCUCACCCAGGACACAGCUACUAUGGCACUGAAUGUGUGGCCUACCUGCCUCAGAACACCACAGGGACCAAGAUCCUCCGGCUACUGGAGCAGGCCUUCGAACACAAGCUGCUGUUCACUGUAGAGGCCAAUAGCAGCGGUGAAUACUGUGUGAAGCCUGCAGAUAUACCCCUCAAGACUCUGGACAGCGGCGGACCUGGAAGUUCGGGCUAUCCAGAUCCAACAUACUUGAAAACAGUGAAGAAUAGUCUCAAGGUCAAAGGGAUUAAAUGAGAGAGGAUGGACUAUAAUUAUCAUGACUGUUGUUUCCCAACCUCAUCAUGACCCUGCAUGAUCAAAAUAUGGAUAUGGAUGUGGCAUGGAGUUUGACGUCCAAAUCUACAGAACAUGGUCAAGGCUGAUCAGUCUUUAUGAGAACCUUUAUAUGCCAGAAACUGGUGACUUGUGAGAUGUAGUGUAUUUUCUAUUAAACAGAAGAGUUCUAGCAUUAAGUAAGGCAGUAUUGCAUACACUA